AUGAUUAACAUAAGCAAAGAUACUGAUUACAACAGAACAGUCAGUGUGACACAAUUAUCUUAUACAAUGCUGAAUGAAAAAUUACUCGGCAAUUGGUUUGAACUACUGUGUUUCCAUAAAAAACGCCUCCUACCAUCGUUAUCAAUGUGUAAUGGGAAUGCUAAGAUGAUGAAAUACUGGGCUUCUGUAGUGGCUCCAUAUUUAAUAGAUUUGUAUACAACAUAUUGUUCAUUAUACGCAAAAGCUAGCCAACUUUGUGCUUAUUUAGACAGAAUUUCAUGGAAACAAAUCAGCUUACUACAUGGUGAUAAAGAAACGCAUGAAAUGGCUAAAGGAUAUCAGAAUUCUACAAAAUUAUUUAAAUGUCAUUUGAGUACACCAGUUCGACGUAUUCAAUGUUAUCACUUACUAUUUGAAAGACUUAAAACAGAGGCGCAUAUUUCUGAUAUUAAAUACUUGGAUGAUGUCCGGAAAAUAUUCAACAAAAUCUGUGCAACACUGGAUGUGACAAUGAAUCUUCGGGGUUUAAAUGUCAGACCGUCUAAACUGGGAUAUUUCUUACUGGAAGGUGAUUUUGCCAUUACUCAAUCAGUUGAAUCUAUAAAAUCGAAAAAGCACUCACAUGUUAUCCUUUUCAGUAAGAUGCUACUGAUUACAAAGCCGUACUCCUCUUCCUCACCAUCAUCAUCAUCAUCAACACCAUCAUUAAAAACGUAUUUAUCAGAAAGAAAAAGUUGUCAGAAUCAUUUUCCAAGUUUAGAAGAUUACAUAGCAUUCUUUGAAUUUUCGCGUAAUACUAAUCUCAAUCCUCCAAAAAUGGUAUUUGAAGUGGAAUAUGAGUUAUGUGUAAGUUAA